UCGGACAGGCGGGAAGGGGCGGCCGCUCGGGAAGGAUGGCGGCGGCGGCGGCGGUGGGAGUGGGCGCGGGCGCCGGGGGUUCGGGAGCCGCCGGAGGCGGCGGCGGGGGGGCGCGCGAGGGCGCGCGGGUGGCAGCGCUGUGCCUGCUGUGGUACGCGCUGAGCGCGGGCGGCAAUGUGGUCAACAAGGUGAUCCUGAGCGCCUUCCCGUUCCCCGUGACCGUGUCACUGUGCCACAUCCUGGCGCUGUGCGCGGGGCUCCCGCCUCUGCUCCGGGCCUGGCGCGUGCCCCCGGCGCCGCCCGUCUCGGGCCCUGGGCCGGGUCCGCAUCAGUCGUCCGGCCCGCUGCUACCGCCGCGCUUCUACCCGCGCUACGUGCUGCCGCUCGCCUUCGGCAAGUACUUCGCAUCAGUGUCCGCGCACGUCAGCAUAUGGAAGGUGCCCGUGUCCUACGCGCACACCGUCAAGGCCACCAUGCCCAUCUGGGUGGUCCUCCUGUCCCGGAUCAUCAUGAAGGAGAAACAGAGCACCAAGGUGUACCUGUCCCUCAUCCCCAUCAUCAGCGGCGUCCUGCUGGCCACCGUCACCGAGCUGUCCUUCGACAUGUGGGGGCUGGUCAGCGCCCUUGCGGCCACACUGUGCUUCUCGCUUCAGAACAUUUUCUCCAAAAAGGUAUUAAGAGAUUCAAGAAUCCACCAUCUCCGGCUGCUGAACAUCUUGGGCUGCCAUGCCAUCUUUUUUAUGAUCCCCACGUGGGUCCUGGUAGAUCUCUCGGCUUUCCUGGUCAGCAGCGACCUGACCUAUGUGUCCCAGUGGCCUUGGACGCUCCUGCUCCUGGCCGUCAGCGGCUUCUGUAACUUUGCCCAGAACGUCAUCGCCUUCAGCAUCCUCAACCUCAUCAGCCCUCUGAGCUACUCAGUCGCCAACGCCACCAAGCGGAUCAUGGUCAUCACAGUGUCCCUGAUCAUGCUGCGGAACCCCGUCACCAGCACCAAUGUCCUGGGCAUGCUGACGGCCAUCCUUGGAGUCUUUCUGUACAACAAGACCAAGUAUGACGCGAACCAGCAAGCCCGGAAGCACCUCCUCCCCGUCACGACAGGGGACCUGAGCAGUAAGGAGCACCACCGGAGCCCCCUGGAGAAGCCCCACAAUGGCACGCUCUUCCCCCCACACAGUGACUACCAGUACGGCCGCAACAACAUCUUGACAGAUCACUUCCAGUACAGCCGGCCGAGCUACCCAAACUCAUAUACUUUGAACCGAUACGACGUGUAGAGCCUAGCGAGCUGGGCAGGACGUUCUGCCAGUCCUCCCCUCCAUCCCCGCCCCCAGCAGCAUCAGAAACUCCUGACCACCAGUGAAUGUACAACCCAGCCACGGGGGGAUGGUGCGGAACCAGCAGAAGACCCUGGGGUCCCUGGCCCCCACUCCCGCCCAGGGGCAGCAGGAAGCAGACCCUGCCGGGGGGACCACCCCUGAGCUCCGGUGUUUCACGCCUUUCUUCCUGGAGCCUUGUCUUCUGAGGGCAGCGUCACUCUGGAAACCUUGGCUAGGUUUUUAUCUUUCCAUGUAGACUUACUUCCCCAAGUCUGUUCUUCAGAGUUCUUUUUCUGCUUUCCAGCCAGGACCCUCUCUGGAAAGGACACAGACCUCAGAGCGGGCGAGGUGUGCUUUGCAGGGAGGGUGGCAAGGAAAAGACCCUAGGGUGGUGCUUUGUGACUGGUCACUUUCUCAGGCAGGCGCAGGACUGAAGCAGGUGUGGAACAGAGGAGUGCAAGGGUUACGAAAACCUCUCCAGCCACAAAGGUGGACUCAGCUUUGGGUCAGCCCCAUGACGGUUUGCAAUUCUGGCCAACGUCCCUCAGUGCAGAGCAAUUGCAAUUAGCAUUGAAUCCUUACAGCCUAAUUCUCUGACCCGCAAGUCAGAGUUGGUGUGCCGACCAAAAGGGAAGGGCGGCUGCUGACUCCUGACUCUCUUCCUUUGCUGGAGUGGAGCAACCCUCCUCUCGGAGCAGCGAGAAGGAUCAUUCAAAAUCAUGUUCAGCGUUUCAAGCUCAACCACAAUACUCAUUUUGUUCUCAUGAGCCUUCAACACUCUGUGCUUAACAGGGUAUCUGGUGAGAUGUUGGUUUUAUGAGGAUCUUGCAUUUUUCUAGGGCAUAUUUUGUAGUCGUCUGUGUUUUUCGCCUCGGUCCCCCACCCCUCAUCCCCCUCUUAGGGGAUGCAGGAUGCAUGCAGAUUGGCUUAUGGUUGGAAACGCCUUUGGUUUUUAAACGUUUAAAAACAAGAAAGGUUGCUGGCGAUGCCUGUCUCAGCACAUGUCUGCAUUUAGUAGGAAGGAAUGAAGUGUUCUGAAGCGCUUUUCUAAUGACCACAACCUCUGAAAGUGAGAUUAAUCAAGAAGGUCAUCUCCAUACUUUUGUGUCAGAGCUUGGCGCUCUGAUUCCGUUAGCUGCUCUAGCGGUGUUUCCGUCAGGAUCUGAAUCAUGUCCCAGGGAAGGGGCAAGCACCAGGCUAAGAUUUGGUUUGCCAAAUCAGUCUUUGGUCAAGAAGUUUGGGUUUUAGCAGAAUCACAUCACCAGGAAGAUUAUGUGAGCUCCGAGGGUAACCCGUGUGCUGAGGUCCAGGUUGGGACACUGGCAUAAGAGAUUGUGGCCUCAGAGAGGACCCUCCCUUGACUGCUGGCUGCCUUCUUCCUUCUGCCCUGCACCUAGCCUCUUCAACAGGCACUUGGCUUGAUCAGCAGAUGGGACCUCGGGUCACCUUUUACCUUCUGGCAUGUGAGAUGGUUCUCUGCUCCGAGAGGAAGUGCCAACCGUAGCUUAUGCUUGACUCCUGUUUGUUUUUGAUAAUUGGAACUUUGUACCUAGAGGUUACAUUUUGUCGCUCCUGGAUGGGCCGCUUCUGGAGAGGUCAUGAGGUCGCCUUCUGGCUUGUAUAGUACCACUGGCCUCAGGAGAAUCCAUUUGGCGUUGGCUUGCUUUUUCCUUACUUUGGCCUCAAGUUCUGAGACUACGUUGUGCGAAACAGGAAGGGGCCGUCCUCAAGGAUGUUUUCAUGAACAUGCUGAGUGCCUUCACCAGAGGCAGGAGUUGGACCUGCAGUUGGUCCACAAUAAACGGAGAUAAUUUUGCAUGGCAAAGAGCUUACAGUAACUGUCUUUAUGAUAGGAACUGAUUCCUUGAACAUAAAAUUGAACUCCAAAAUGAAUUACGCUUCUCUGCAGGUUUAAUGAAAUUUCUGAGGUUGCUGAAAUUUGUGUAUUUGUUUUUCUAAAGCAAGAUCUGCUGGUGAGGGGAAAUACCUGACUGGUUUCUUUACGGUUUAUAAAUGAAUAAACGAAUAUUUAGUUCUGUACAUAAAUCUACAGUGAGUACAUACACUGGAAUGAGACAAUCAUAUUCGAUCAGAUCAGAAGACAGACAUACUUUUGAGACUUGAAAGUUCAGAGUGGACGUUGGACUCCUGAAGGUUGGUUUUCCAGCCACUUGCUGCCCUGGCUCAGCCCCCACUACUCCUCCUCUCACAUCCACAUUUGCAGUUGGGUGGCUUCACCCUCCUCCCUGCUGGGGUUUGUAACAGCAAAUUUAGUUCACCCAUCCAUGGUGUGGUCUGCAAAACUAACUCGAACCCAACCCCUUCAUUUUACAGAAGGGGAAACUGAGGCUCAGAGGGCAUUUUUAAAUAGUGUUUGUUCACUAUCUUGAGACUCAGUGUGGAAUUUUUAAGCACCUUAUUUUAAGUCAUUCAUUAUUUGGGAAAAUCAAACCCCUGUUACAAAGGAGAGAAGUCAAACAGGUUCAAAUGAAGAAGCACCUGGAAUUUCUGAACUCUGCUGUGCAUUUAGCACGCAUCGUACAGCAGGUCCUGUGUUAUCACUGGGACAUAACCAGACCUGGAUCCCUUAAGGUCUAACAGCCUUAAGGCAGAGAACAUUAAAUUAUUGAAGAAUCUGAAAAUCGUGAACUCUUUAUGUCACUGUGUUUUCAGGACUUUUCAUGCUAUAGACUGUUCUGCGGGAAUGAUACUGUGUAUAUUCUUGGAUGGCAUUUACCAAAAAUAAAUGAUGGUCUCCAGGGAA